AUGGUUUGUAAAAGGGAAGUCCAUGCGGACGGCAGGGAAAGAAGAUUUGGAUCAAAGGCCACUGCGGAUGAGGUAAGAUAAGCUACAAAUUUUCCAGGCAUAAGCCGACAUAUCUUCUUUUUUUUGAUUUUGCGGAGCUCAGAAUCGAAUUUUCAAAGCUUAGCAGUAAAAAUAACCCCAAAAUUCUCUAUUUUUGACCUUCCAGGUACUGAAAGGCCUUGAUCUCAGCGAUAAAACGAUCGUUAUUACUGGAACAACCAGUGGAAUUGGGACCGAGACUGCUCGAUCUUUAGCAACUCAUGGAGCUCAUUUGGUAAUGGUCAACAGAAACAGAGAUGCCGCAGAGAAAUUGCGCGAGCAAAUUUACGCUCAAACUAACCAUCGAAAAAUCGACUUGAUAACUUGUGAUCUAAUGUCGCUGAAGUCUGUAAAGGAAGCAGCGGAUGAAAUUAUUGAAAAAGGAUGGUAUGUUAAAGAUAAGGCAGAGUUCAGUCAUAAAAUUUUUUUAGGCCAAUAAACGUGCUAAUACUCAACGCUGGUGUUGCGUCACCGCCUGUGGCACUUUCUAAGGACGGUUUUAACUCAACGUUUGCAGUUAAUCAUCUAGCUCAUUUCUAUUUUGCCCUUCUUCUCAAGGACCGGCUAAUCUCAUCAGCUCCAUCCAGAAUCGUUGUUUUGGCUUCGGACCUCCAUCGUUAUACCAGAAUCGACUCAAAACUUCCAUUGGAAAAGAAAUUAGAACUACUGAAUCCCACUCCUGACACAGACAUGUUUUCAAUGACAUUGUACUCCAGGUCCAAGCUGAGCAAUGUUCUUUUUGCUUUCAAAUUGCACAGGGAAAUCAACAAGUUUGGAGUGAAUGUAAAUGCUGUUCACCCAGGUGCCAUGAUUGACACUGGUAAGUCCAUAUUUGCAAAAUACACUCACCUUAUUUUCCAAAUUUUAGGUCUCCAAAGAAACGGUGGCAUCCUCUUGACAGCAUUCAAGAAACUGAUUACCAAUCGAUUUACCAAAACAAUCCAGCAGGGAGCUUCAACCAGCGUUUAUGUUGCUGUCCAUCCCGAUCUGGAUAAAGUAAGGCUUUUAAUUUGAAACCAAAAAAGCAAUUUUUUUUUAUUUUUUUGGUUGCCGAAAAGUCAGAAAUCAGUAUUUCGUAAAGAUGCAUAACAUAUAGAUAAUACGUUAUUUUCAGGUAAGCGGCCAUUACUUUGAAGGAUGUUGGGACGAUCUAUCAUACUUGGCGAAAGACUUGGCACUCGACGAACAACUACAAGACGCUCUAUGGGAAAGAAGCGUAGAGAUGAUAAAACAAACCGGUCUCAAUAUUUAA